AUGGUAGAUGCCUUGUCCCGUGUUGUCCCACUAUUGGAUGGUCAACUCUUCAUUCUGUCGAUGCUCAAUUUCGACUUCUUGGAGCAGUUACACAAAUCACUUCAUUCUUCUGCUAUUUAUUUGGAUUUGUUGCAGAAUAUUCAACAACACCUUGCGCAAUAUUCAGGUUUCAAGGUAAACCGCAAGCUUGUCUUUUUUCAGGAAAGGAUAUGGAUUCCUUCAGAUAGUCCAUUCAUUUCAAAUCUCCUGGCCGAGUUUCACACCACCCCCCCUGAGCAGUCACAUGGGGUUUCCAAAACCCUUCAUAGGCUUCAAACCAACUUCUUCUGGCCACAUAUGCGUUGUGACGUUUGCCGCUACGUGUCUCAAAUUUUCAUCUGUCAACAGACAAAGUAUCAGACCAGGAAGCCAACAAAGGGCUUUUCCCCAAUAGAAGUUGUUGAUUCAUUAAUGGCUGCCCACACUACUAUUCACUUUACUCUAGAACGUCUUCUCCUUAAGGCUCAAACAACUAUGAAGCAUUCUGUUGAUGCUCAUGAUCGUGAUGUUUCCUAUAAUGCUGGUGACUAG